GAUGUGAGCUCGUGCGAGAUUUGAGACCUUGUCAUACUCGACUAACAGUCCGUUCCGCCUGGUUGGUACUUAUCCCCUCUCCUUCCUACAUUUCGUCUCCCGGAUAACAACCGACAUCUAAGGCCUCUCUUGGGAUUCUUACUUCGCUCGUCUCCAAUAAUUCAUUCACAUUUUACUUUUCGUCAACUCUUCUUUGCCACUUUUAUUUUUUUAAUACAAAUUGGAUUACUUAAACUUAAUCGCAUGGAGUUUCGACGUGCAAAUGGAUUUGAACGCGAUCGGCUAAAUAUUCAUUGGAAUUAAUUAUUUUUUUCUUCAGAAUUUUGGAUUGUGAACAGAUGCGUUUCAUGCUUCGUAGUUCUUCUGUAAUCAUAAUUUGUAUUUUGAUAUCUUUUUGAAGAGAUUGGAUUUCGCGUUGGACAUCGUCUGUGUGCGACGCGGUUUCCAUGAAACCGAAGAUGGAUGAAAAUUAUUGGUGGUCGUCGACGAUACCGGCGAGUAAGAGAGCCUCGCAUGUCAUCAUCAUCGGGUUCUUAUGCGUAUCCCUGGCAGCGGGGUUAUCGGACGAUGGCGGGAUGCGAACGAGAAGAGAACACGCCGACACGAGGCAACAACACCACAAUCAGCACCAACAAAUUCACACAAUAUCCGCAACAAUCAGAGACGCUGACAACAGCGCGUUGCUCAAAAAUAUCUUAGCUUCAAAAAACAGUGCCAGCAUCAGCACGGACUCCGCCGCAAAGGAGGGGCACAAAUCAUCCAACAGUGUUAGCAAUAAUAUUAUUAAUCAAAUAAAAUUAUCAAACAUUACAUCGUCGUCGACGACGUUAUCAAAAUUAACUGCUUCAGUGUUGUCGAGAUUAAACUCUUCGCCACCCUCAUCAUCAUCUGGUUCAAAUAGAACAGAGCAAGGUGAGAGGUUGCAUAGCUGGAGCCCAAUGAAUUCAGACUCGUCGCUCCAGCACCACCUACGGACAGGCAGCCAGGCCGACGCCGAGCCCAGUCGGAGGGUAAAGAGAAAAGCAUCAAGUCGAGGGAGUCCCCUUAUUUACAACUCCAAGCAACCGACGCAGCUUUUCUGCCGAACCAACUUUCGCCUUGCCGUUCACGAGGACGGAACGAUUAAUGGAACGCGGGAUAAUAUGGAUGUAUAUUCUAGCCUUUACAUCCAGUCGCAGAGGCGGAGUAUUGUUUCCAUCAAGGGUCUUAAGAGUCAGCUCUACGUCUGUGUAGACGAUAACGGAAACCUAUACGGAAACAGGAGAGUAAGUCGGAAUUGUUACUUCCAGGAAAAGCUCGAACCCAACUUCUUCAACACAUACGCCUAUAAGAUGCCAGACAGCACCAACAAAAGGCGGAGGCAUCGAACCCUCUUCCUCUCUAUCAACAAGUACGGCGAGUCCAGGAUCGCCAAGGUCCGCACUCAGAAGAAGGCCCAGUUCAUCCCGCUGGUCCCGCCCACGGAGCUCUUGUGACUAUCAAGAAAGUGGCGUAGGCGACACAGGUCCGCAAAAUAGAGCGACUUCGAGUGCGCACGACGACCACGUGCGACGACACCAGCUCGAGGAAGCCAUUUUGGGGAGAGGAGUUUGAGGAGAGAGAGAGAGCGGGAGAAACAUGGACGAUUCAUUCGACUUUUCUCUCGGAAUUAUGAUGGCGAUUCAACAGACAAUCCUUUCAUCUUUUACCUGGUGAAGUUUUUGAGCAUCCCUUCCCCUGUUGAAUGAAAAGCGGCCCUAUGAGAAAUGGAUAAUGCAAGACCAUUGCGCGCUGCUCAGGAGCGGUAGACGACGGACUACUUCUUAGUUACGCUCAGAAAACGCAGCGCGCUUCCAACAAUAAGCCUACGUCGCAGUGUACGCAUGAGGCGGUACACGGACUGUUUAAAAGGACCUUACAGAUAAACUGGUUAUUCACAAGAAGAAACUGUUGCUUUCAGAAAGAAAACACGUGCCACUGAAUAAUUUUAAUGAUAAUACCACACGCUGCCAAAACAAAUGAGAGUUAUGCAAUGUGAUGUAUAUGCACAUGAAAUUGGACAAGAACUGAGUAGGAAACCAAAAGGAUGAUUUUGAGGAGAAAAAAUGAGGUGUAGACAUAUUUUGUAUUCACGUGUGCUAUUGUAAUUUAAUCAGUCAACACAGCGCAUCAAAGAAUGAGAUAAUCACUAGAACUUUAUCCUCAGAUUGGCAAUACUGAUGCGCCUUUGUUAUUUACCUCAUUCUGUUUAUGUAUUCAUGUUAUUGUACACCUUCGAUCACAAUAAGAAAUUUAAUGUAUGUGUGCUACAAGAUGACGACUUAACAGGAGACUACCUAACAUUUGUUGAUUCAGUAUAAAACUCUGUAUCUUUAUUAACUGUUGUAUCAAAGUUGAAUAAAACCCUAAAUCUAAUUUGUGGAAACGAGCUUGGGGAAAAUCGUUGCACGUUAGUGAGAACGAAGUGGAGUUUAAAUUCUACGAAGUGUGAAGUGGUGAUGUACAUUUUUAACCUCUUAAAAUAUUUUACCUGACCAAAAACCCUCAUCGAAUUCUUAACUUAGCUAGAUUUAAUCCAACUUGCGGAUGAUAAAUCAAUAAUGAAAUCUAUAUUCCUCAAAGAAGCGUAAAUGACGAUGAUUUAUUUUGCCGCGAUUGCAAAAUAUUUUGUUUACCCCCUUUAACUAAUACCAUUCUGACUUCCAGACGUUGUAGUAAUUUCAAAGCUGCAAGUAUUUGUCAAGAUAUAUGUUUCAUAUCUUAACUAUUGACGAGAGGGUUAAUUCAUUAUUUUUCACACUUUUCGAGUGGGGAAAGUUUAUUUUAAAUUUUGCGUUAAAUGUGCAUCCAAUUCGUACGCUUUGUACCUACCAAACAACCAACUUGAUUUUUUAAAGUCUCGGUCACACAUACAACUGGGACUCGAGGCGGAUAGCCGUGUAAAUCGAUAGAUGCAGGUAUCGGUUAUUAUGAGUCGGUUCCGAUAUACUAUCCACGUGAGAGUCGCGAUGGUUAACAGUCGAAUACAAUCGGACCUUUAACCAAAUAUAUCCAGGUCCAAAACGAUCCGAUGUCAAGUUCGAAAUAUAUAAUUCAUAAUGAUAAUUUGUGGGGAGAAUCACUUGUAUGACGAUUCCUUAAUCCUAGCGCCGAUAACGGCAACAAAACUGCAUACCCACCCCCACCCAACCUUCCCUUUUUUUCUGCGGCCUAACUCUGUCUUUAAUAUUAUAAUAACAAAGUCUACAGUUAGCCCUUCUUUCUAAUAAAAGUAUAUAUGACGAUAUUGCACCUAACGCCGAAAUUUGUCUAUGGAAAAAAAUGGCGUUAUGUUGCACGUGGACAGUCCUUGUGUAUAUUUUAUUUAUAGUACUAUUUACAUUAUAUAACAUUCAAAUGUGAUUGUUCGCGAAGAAUCUAAGUGUACUUAAUCGCGAAAUUUUUAAAUGAAACGUUAUGUGCAUUAUUUCUCACCAUUGCUGUACGUGAUUUCUUAGAAUGAUAUAUGGAAUCAGUUUCCAUUCUGAAUAUUGUUUUAUACAUUUGGAUUCAACAUUUUAUUAUGAUUGUAAGAUAUCAUAAUUUUCAUAAUUAUCGAUGUUAUUAUUUAGAUUUUAAUAGAACAAACUGUACAUGUUGUACAAAAUGAUAUUGAUCAAUUAUUAUAUUGAAAGAAGAAACGAUCAAAAAUUAAUAAAGAUGUAUAUCUUUUGCUAUGUAAAAAAAAGGUUUGACAAAAAUUAUAUUUUCCAGCCCUUGCUUUAGACAAAAUUGCAUAUAAAAUUGGACAAGUAUUUAGAUGAAUAUAUUAUACCCUCACACAUUGGACACGAAUUAGUUCAUCUGUCAUUUCCAUAUUUUAUUUGGAAAUAUACAUGUACAUUUAAUUUAUGAAUAAAUGUACAAAUCAUUCAAUAACCUGUAUUUUGGCCAUCACAUGUAACUACAAUAUCAUAUAUUGUUUGAAAAUAUAUUACGACGUGUAUGAAAUUUUAGAAAUUGGAUGAUAUAUUCAGUUUUCACAUUGAUACCAGAUAGUAAUAAAAGCUGUUUGUAAGGAGAUCGACGAUCUAUGCAAGGUUAGCCUGAAAUCUUCCAAUAUUUUAUUUUGAAGUUCUAAACAUCGUUUCCGAGGCGAGCUGUGACGAUAUUGAGAACAAAAUACCACGUGUUCAUAAAAAGGACUUCUUUGUGUCCAAUAAGAAUGAAUUUACAAGUCACUGUUGAGCAAUAUUCGUGAGUGGGGAUACGUGUAGAUUUAUUUGAAAAGGUGUUUGUAUUAUAAUGAAAGUGAAAAUACAAUCUGAGAAUGUCGAAGAAUAUAAUAUAUUUUUAGACGUAAUUUUUAUACUUUUUAAGUUAUUUAAGAAUUAAAAAAAGAAAGCGAAUUGUAUUUAUUGAGCUCGCUUUGUUAUAAGUGAAUAUGAAGUGAACUACAUGCCUUUGAACUUUGAGUGUAUUAUACUUUAUCACGAAAUUGAUUAAUUUUAUGCUUAUGUGAUUGUAAACACAUGAUAGAUGUAUAGUUCAUGUAUAUUUGGCAUCUAUAGCUCAGUGGGCGUUGCCAAAUUAAAGCCACGCCCAUUGUUAAAAUGUAUUCAACAAGUUGUGACUAUUCUCCUCUAGAGUCACGAUGAUUAAUUACUAUAUCGUUCGUUUUUUUUCCUCCUCGAGAAUGAUAAGUAUUACUGUCCAUGCAUUUUGCUCAUUCUUCUUUUUAUAGAAAUGAUGAUAUUGGAUAUAAUAUAGCGCACUUAUUGACCAGAUUGAGACCCUUCAAUAUUAUUACUCCAAUUUAUAUAUAUCGGAGGAGACAAUUUUUCAAUGAAGACCAACAUAAAACUAAUUUAAUCUUUACUUUAUUUUUUAUAAUCGAUAUUCAUAUCAUAAUUAUAAAACAUAAAGUAUGAAAACUUUCACAACUCAAUAAAAACAGACAACUGUACUUUCACUUAUGCUAAACCAAACGACCUUUUUCUAAAGAGAAAGAAAAGAUGCGUACUUCAAAGACUUGUUCUUUAUGUAAACUCUAUACAAGACCACAUCAUUUUUUUUUAUCCAUUGCUUUCUAGCAUCAUAAAAAAGCAUGAUUUUUGACGAAGAGCAAAGUUUAUUCUUGUAUAUUCAUAACCAAAUUGUAAGUUUUGUCGACAAUGUAUCCGUCCGAAUUUCAAAGAGCAUGAUAAAAAAUCCAACCGAUUUGAACAUUCGGAUUAUUCAUGGCACUAUUAAUUCAUAAUAGCAUGACACUAGCCAUGUCAGUUGGCCAAACCUAUUAAUUACUAUUAUGACGAGAUUCACCAAAGUCAGAUAUUAUUGAGUAAUGUAUGCUUGUUCUUACAUUUUUCGUAGAACAGAACUUUUGAUAUAAUUGAGUACCAAGUUUCCCCAUUUUUGGACUAUUAUUGUGAAUCAUACGAACUGUAAUUGUAAUGAUGAACUGCAUGCGCUACAGAGGAACUAUUUAAGAAAUUUCCAAAGUUUCCUUCGAUUUGAUAGGAAAACUGAUUUAAUAAAGUAAGAAUUAAGAGCGAAAUAUAA